AUGCCGCGGGUGAUGGAUGGCGAAGUGGUGAGGCAGUGUACACCUUCCUUCUUUGAGGAGAUUCAAGCAGCCUUUAGGGCCAAGGACGUUUUCUCUUGUGUGAGUGAGUUGUCUUUGAUGUGCAUACAUUGGGAGAAUAUUUGGCUUGUCCAUUGUGAAUUUCCUUUCGUGGAAGCGGUUUUUGCUUUGAUGAGCAAGAAAGAUUUCAACAGGCUGAUGCACGCCAAGUUUGGAAAUGGAGGUGGCAAUAAGGGAAAAGGCAAGGGAGGUGCAAGUAUGGGUUUGGACCCAGAGGUAGAGUACGCCAAAGCUAUGAAAUCAGCGUUGCCUGAAGCGGCCCAAAUUAGGAUGCAGCCUAAACUCAUUCAGGAAGAGUGGAUCCAAACGAUCAAGGAGUGGCAGCACUUGGACUCUUCCGGUGGUGUUGCAGUCGUUGCAAAGGAGCAUAUCCCAAAGGUAGUAGAGAAAGUAGGAUAUUCCUCAAAACCGGUUGGCAUCCUCGUGGUGCAGGAACCAGAUGAAAUCGGAAUGAUGGGGUACCCCAGAUCAUGUGUAAGGUGUACGUAUGAUGUUGCUUCUACUGGAGGGACUAGAAAGCAAGUGCAAGUGGACAGAUGGUUGGUGCAGUUAGGCUUCGCCGAUCCAGUUACCAUGAAGUCAAUAGGAGAAGAGGUGAAGGUCGGGUUUACUAUGACUCGUAUGGUCGCCAAGUUCAGUACUCUUCGGGGGUGGGCGCAUGGGCCGCACCCAGCUGGAGUUUUGACUCAGCACUUGAAGCAGUAUGUAGACGAACAAGCCUUUGAUUCAGUUAUGCCUCGUGGAGAUGGAUCUUUUACUUUUCUUGUGCACAAUGUGUAUGAGGAGGUUUUGUUAUCCAAAAGCGGAUGCAAUGGGAUAUUUCUCAAAAGGCAUAGUUCUGAACCAGAGAGUGCUCAUGAGUUGUUGUGGUUGGACGAAGACGUGGGCUUGGAUGAUGCUUUGGCAAUCUGUGAGGGAGCGAAAGCUAUCGGUGUUGUUGAGAAGGGUGUUAAGGGUCGGCUUGCCGUUCGUUUUCGUACCGAAGAUGAGCUGGUUUCCUUCGCACAAGCCAACAAAUACCAGUAUGACAACUCGGUACAGCGAUGGAAGGUGUCAGGUAUUCCCUUGCUUGCUGGUCUCCAGGGCCUGCACCAAAUGCUGGUGUCUUUGGGUUGGGAGGUUGUUGAAGUCGUAUACCAGGGAGAGGAUUCAGCAGUCUUUACUAGUACGAACAAAGGAAGGGAAGCCGCGGCACACUUUAAGUACCUGGACCAACCUAGAGGUGUACGUUUCAAGGCUCUUAAUGCAUCUGCCAGAAAGGAAAGUGCAAGCUCCUCUCAGGCCAGUCGGGUUGUUAAGAGUAGCGUCAAUGAGCGAGCCCAGGCACAGAAAGCCUUUUUGGAAAGAUUGCAGGCAUCCAGUAUUCAAUCACCAACCAAGCAAGUGGCCAAAAGGCCACAUGAGGGGAAGACCGGAGAAACUCCGGAUCCAAAGAAAUGA